CGCUAGCAGCAUAUAUCACAGGAAGAUAAGCCCAGAGCAGAAUGCUGCUUUCAGUAUGGUUUGUGCGCCCAGUAUGCGCAAAGAAAUCAAAGGUGUUGCUUCUCCACGCAGCCGGCCAAGGGUCAGCGCCCUCAGGAAACAAUAGAUUCUAUUGAACGUAUCUGAACAAAUGAAGGGGUCAUGUACGCCCUGCCGUCGCCGGCCAACUUGAUUUUCGGUCAACACGCUCGCGCCCCCUUUUGCGGGGUGGUUAUCUUGCACUUAUGCGUCCUAGCUACACAUCCAAGCGAAAGCGACCAGAAAUACAUAUGCGGGGGUGGACGCCCAUGCAGGCCCCAGAUGAUGGUCGUCUGGUGUAGACCGGUCAUGAGGGCUCUGUAUUUACGCCAAUGCAGAAUUUUCUCAUCGUGACACACAAGUUGCAAGCUCGCGCAAGUCGGUUCCUUCCCAGAACGCUGAUUCGCUAUGUGGCAGACUCUACGCGCCGCGCCCUCAAACCGUUGCUGCUCUGCAGCCACCAAGUGCAACAGGGUGACAGCGACAAUUGCAAGCAACCGUGCCGGCAACUUUGGCGUGCAAGGCUACCAGAGAUCUCGCCGCCUGCUUACCCUCGCAACUUCGCCAGCUUCGGCAGCCUCGGCUGAUCCUUCGCCCCCACAUGAUGGCGUUACUGACGAAGGAGGAAGCGGCGGGCGGGGAGGGCCGACCAAGCCCACCGGCUCGCCGUCUGGUGGCGGCUGGUGGCGGGACUUCUUCAGCAGCGUGCAGUACAGCUCUGCUUGGGGAGCGUUCUGGGGAGUCGCUGCAGCUUACGUCGGCUUGCGCGAGCUGAAGAUUGGCCUGGCCAACUUCGCGUGCGGCCUGGCCCCUGAGGGAUCCAAAGGCGGCGGCGUGAAGGAGGGCGGCCAGCAGCGCGUGGGCAGCAGCCUGGGAUGGGGGAUUUGGGCAAGGGCCUGGGAGACGGGCUGAAGGACGGCCUGGGGGAUGGGCAAGGGCCUGGGGGACGGGCUGAAGGGCGGUUGGUGCGUGUUCCGAAGCAUAUGUAGCGUUGCUACGCCAGUUAUUGGCCUCUUGAACUGGCAGUUUCCGCGCUGAAGCAUAUCCUGGCAUGCAUGCGUGUAGUAACGUGUGCCGUAACGUGUGUAUUAACGUGUGUACUAACGUCUAUGUGGCGUAUGCAAGGGAUGUCUGGGGUUCGGGGAUGCGUGUCGUUCAUGGGUGAGGGGAAUGCUCACUUGGUUGGCCCGGCACGGUUGGAGACCGGUGUAAGGGGGGUUUCAC